AUGUUGCUGCUUCCACUCUUACUUGCAGCUUCAUUUUGGUCCCGUGGAGACACAUGGAUGGUGCCGGUGCAAACCCCAACGCUGCAAGUGCAGAUGCAGGGCACGUCCACCAGCAUGCUGUGCCAAUUGCAAGCUGAAGCCAUCGUGCACUGGUACAAGCAUCUUCCCGGAGAGCCACCAACGAGGAUACUGUAUGUGCAGGGACAGUCACCUACUUUUGAUUACAGAGGCGAUAGCAGGAGAUUUCAAGUUCAGAGGCAUGCUUCAAAGUAUCAUCAUACUCUCAAGAUAAAUGAUUUGACUCCGAGGGAUUCUGGUACUUACUACUGUGCGUAUUGGUAUGCUGGAGGCAUCACAGUACAAGACUGCAGCCUUCUAACCAGAGUGACCAUUUACCAGCCUGGAGAGGCAAACAUGCUGCUGCUGGCAGCACUUGUGGCUGCAGCCACUUGGUCUUAUGGAUUUGCACAACAACAUCCUGUGCAGAGCCCUAUAUCUAUCACCAAGUUCCAAAAAGGUGCACGGAUGACAUGUGAAAUUCAGACUUCAGUGGAAAAAUUUGAUGGCACCAUCAUACACUGGUAUCAACACAAGGAGGGUAAAGCUCCAGAGAGGAUCUUACACUUUUCAGAAGGGAAAGUUUCAGUUGAAACUGGCUUUCUAGCAACCAGGUACACGGUUGAAAAAGUUUCUAGCCAGAAACAAUUUAUUCUUACAAUAAAAAGUGUAAUUCCGGACGACGCUGCUACUUACUACUGUGCUUACUGGGACUCUCGUGGGAUGAGAAAGACAUUUGGUUCUGGCACAAAACUCAUCGUCUCCAACAAAGGAAGUUCUCCACCAGCAAACUCUGAAAUCCUGCAGAAGGAACAUGAAGAUCAGAUAACAUACGUUUGCCUUGUUGAGAAGUUCUACCCAGAAGUUAUUCAGGUGACUUGGACCAAUGAAAAAAAUGAGGAGGUAACAGACAAUGUAGUAAAAGGAGACAUUUGGAAGGACACAAAAAAUGAUGAAUACUCAGUUGGCAGCUGGCUAACUGUACCAGUGGAGAACAAAGACAAGAACUAUUACUGCAGAUACAAGCAUGAAAGCCAAGAGGGUUCACUGCCAACACAAGAUCUCUUUCCAUUAGAUUCUACGAAGACUGCUCCUCAGGAAGAGGACUGCAGCACAUCUGGAAACAGCACAGUUUUUAACAGAGAUCACAUAAUACACAGGACAGCAUACUUAGUGUACAUCGUCCUUCUUCUGAAGAGCUCCAUGUACUAUCUCAUCGUACUCUUCUUCAUCUACAGAAUGUGGGCUGCCAGCAAGCACCAGGGAAAGAAAGCAUAA